CCCCUCGAUCUUCGGUAUUCCUGCAGGCUUCUGGAACGGUUUUCGGAGGAUGUACUUGCAGUAGUUACGUAACAGCGUUUUGGGAGUGCAGCAGCUGUGGCGGCCGACGCUUUCGUUGCGCCGUGUGCUCACUCGACCGCAGCCAAUUACAGCACGCCAGUACAGUUUACAGGAAAACAUUCACCAUUUUGUUUGCGGGCCUCUUGGAAGCAACCGCUCGUGCAGUGUCUCGUGGACAACAUGGAUCUUUUUUUAUUUGAUUUUAGUUCGUUUGAUAGAACCGGUCGGUACAGUCUUGUGAGUUAUUGAUUUUGUUGUGAAGUGGGUGUCGAUUUGUUUGUUUUGUUGGAUUUCCUCGAAGUGUAUUGUUGGACAGCUACGUUAUUGCCAUCUUCAUUGACGUAGGCAUAAAACCGGUCUCGUACCGAUGUGCUAGAGAAUACUCAUCGACGAGUUAAAAGAAGCCGCAGCCACCAUGUCGUCGGUGAAGGUGGCCGUCAGGGUCCGCCCCUUCAACUCGCGCGAGAUCGCCAGAGAAUGCAAAUGCAUCAUAGAAAUGUCCGGGAACACUACAGUUAUCGUCAAUCCCAAGGCACCUCCCGGUAGCAAGGAAGGCGCCAAAAGCUUCAACUUUGAUUUCUCCUAUUGGUCGCACAACCCAAAUGAUCCCCAAUUUUCAUCACAAGUCAUGGUGUACAAAGACAUCGGUGAAGAGAUGUUACAACACGCUUUCGACGGUUACAAUAUAUGCAUAUUCGCUUACGGUCAGACCGGGGCUGGUAAAUCUUAUACGAUGAUGGGCCGCGGUGAGGAUGGUCAGGAGGGCAUCAUUCCUCAGAUCUGCAAGGAUCUGUUCAGGCGCAUCAGACAGACUACGUCCGAUGAUCUCAAAUAUUCGGUUGAAGUGUCGUAUAUGGAAAUUUAUUGCGAACGGGUUCGUGACUUACUGAACCCCAAGAAUAAGGGAAAUCUUCGGGUCCGUGAGCACCCCGCCCUCGGACCGUACGUGGAGGAUCUAAGCAAACUGGCGGUCACCUCCUACCAAGACAUUUACGAUCUCAUCGACGAGGGUAACAAAGCUAGGACCGUGGCGGCUACGAACAUGAACGAGACGUCGUCUCGCUCUCACGCCGUCUUCACCAUAUUCUUCACGCAGCAACGUCAUGACGUCACUACGAAUUUGAUGUCCGAAAAGGUCUCGAAAAUAUCGCUUGUCGAUCUGGCCGGCUCGGAACGUGCCGAUUCUACCGGAGCCAAAGGAACUCGUCUCAAGGAAGGAGCUAACAUCAACAAAUCUCUGACCACACUCGGAAAAGUGAUUUCCGCUCUAGCCGAAAUUUCGGCAUCUAAGAGCAAGAAGUCCAAGAAGGCGGACUUCAUACCGUACCGUGACUCGGUGCUGACGUGGCUGCUCCGCGAGAACCUCGGCGGGAACUCGAAGACCGCCAUGAUAGCCGCCAUCUCGCCGGCCGACAUCAACUUCGACGAGACGCUCAGUACACUUAGAUACGCGGAUCGAGCCAAACAGAUCGUAUGCAAGGCGAUCGUGAACGAGGACGCGAACGCUAAACUCAUCCGCGAACUCAAAGAGGAGAUCCUGAAGCUUCGCGAACUGCUCAAGGCUGAAGGAAUCGACGUGGAAGAAGGACCAGACGGUAGAGUCAUUUACGAAAAGAAAGAACCGCCAAUCAGCGAACAAAAUUCGUCGCCGCAACGCAAAAAGAGCGAAGCAGAGGUUCUGUCGCCGAAGCUGUCGCGAGCUGCCACCACCAUUGCUGAAGAGGCAGUGGACCAGCUUCAAGCCUCCGAGAAGCUUAUCGCUGAACUGAACGAAACUUGGGAGGAAAAACUCAAGCGGACGGAACAGAUCCGCGUCCAGCGCGAAGCCGUCUUCGCGGAAAUGGGUCUUGCUGUCAAGGAGGGCAUCACCGUCGGCAUAUACUCGCCGAAGAAAACGCCACACCUCGUCAACUUGAACGAAGACCCGAACCUGUCCGAAUGCCUGCUGUACUAUAUAAAAGACGGUGUGACUCGCGUGGGCACGUCCGAAGCGAAAGUCCCACAAGACAUCCAGCUGUCCGGCUCGCACAUACUGAGCGAGCACUGCAUCUUCGAGAACGCGGACGGCGUGAUCUGCCUCAUUCCGCACCGCGGGGCCCUCGUCUACGUCAACGGACGGGAGCUGGAAGAGCCCGUGAUACUGAAGAGCGGUUCCCGCGUGAUCCUGGGCAAGAACCACGUGUUCCGUUUCACCCACCCCGGGCAGCCGCGCGAGCUGCCGCCCGUCAAUAAGGCGCUCACAGACUCCACCGAGUCGGCAGCUGAAGUCGCUACCGAGAACAGCAGCGAUACAGAAAAUCAGAACGUCGACUGGGACUUCGCUCAGUGCGAGUUGCUAGAGAAACAAGGCAUCGACUUGAAGGCGGAGAUGCAGAAGCGUCUGAUGGCCCUCGAGGAACAGUUCCGCAGGGAGAAGGAGCACGCCGACCAGCAGUUCGAGGAGCAGCGUAAGAACUACGAGGCUCGCAUCGAUGCUCUCCAGCGUCAGGUGGAGGAGCAGAGCGUAACGAUGUCCAUGUACAGCUCCUACACACCCGAGGACUUCCAUAACGAUGAAGAUAUAUUCGUGAAUCCGUUGUUCGAGACGGAGUGCUGGUCUGCUCGCGAGGUGGGGCUGGCGGCCUGGGCCUUCCGCAAGUGGAAGUACCAUCAGUUCACGUCGCUCCGAGACGACCUCUGGGGAAAUGCGAUUUUCCUCAAGGAAGCGAACGCGAUCUCAGUGGAGCUGCGCAAGAAAGUUCAGUUUCAGUUCACUCUGCUAACGGACACGCCGUACUCCCCCCUCCCCGCGGAGCUGGCCCCCCGCGACGACGCCGAUGACGAGUACCGGCCCAGCGCGCCCACGGUGGUCGCCGUUGAGGUCACUGACACCAAGAACGGCGCCACGCACUACUGGACCCUAGAGAAGCUACGCCAUCGUCUGGAGCUAAUGCGUCAGAUAUACAACAUGAACGAGAGCUCGUGCGUAGAGGACGAGGAGACCACGCCCCUAGGUGCUCCGCCCUCGAUCGGGGCGCCGCCCCCGCCCGCCGACAUCCUACAAUGUAUAUCGGCCUGCGCGCAACAAACCCGCCUCUCCCUAGCCAACUUGCUACCAUCGAGACAACGGCUCGAGUUAAUGCGCGAGAUGUAUCACAACGAGGCCGAGCUGUCGCCGACUUCGCCCGACCACAACAUCGAGUCGGUCACCGGCGGCGAUCCUUUCUACGAUAGGUUCCCGUGGUUCCGUCUUGUUGGACGGAGCUUUGUAUACUUGUCGAACCUCCUGUACCCGGUUCCUCUCAUUCACAAGGUCGCUAUAGUGAACGAGAAAGGAGACGUGAAGGGCUACCUCCGGGUCGCCGUGCAGGCCGUCAUCGACGCCGAGAAGAACAACGCGGAAUUCGCAGCUGGCGUGAAGCAGUCAGCCAAGAUAUGCUUCGACGACGAUGUAGUGCCGCGCGCCCGGGUCCGCGCCGCCAACAGCGUCGACAAGAACAACGCCAUCAACCUGGACGAACGCGCCGCCGAGGUCCAGGACUCGAACAUCAAAAUUGAGGAAUUGGCUGGAGGAGAGUGCGAUGCGGAUAGCGGCCGCGGGGACAGCUCUCUCGCCUCUGAACUGAAAGAGGAAGACUUGCCUGAACACUUGACCCUCGGCAAGGAGUUCACCUUCCGCGUCACCGUGCUCCAAGCUCACAGCGUCGCCACCGACUAUGCUGAUGUCUUCUGUCAGUUCAACUUCCUUCACCGCAACGAGGACGCCUUCUCAACCGAACCCGUCAAGAACGCAGGAAAAAAUACACCGCUCGGAUUCUACCACGUGCAGAAUAUAACUGUACCGAUUACAAAAUCAUUUGUGGAAUACAUUAAAACUCAACCGAUCGUGUUUGAAGUCUUCGGUCAUUAUCAGCAACAUCCGUUACAUAAGGAUGCGAAACAAGAUGGCCCGGUGGGAGGUCGCACGCCCCCACGCCGCAUGUUGCCGCCCUCCAUCCCCAUCUCGGCCCCCGUGCGGAGCCCCAAGUGGGGGGCCGCCAGUGUAGCGCCACCCUGCUGCUCCUCGCACCUGCACUCCAAGCAUGACCUGCUCGUCUGGUUCGAGAUCUGCGAGCUCGCACCCAACGGAGAAUACGUGCCUGCCGUGGUGGAGCACAGCGACGAGCUUCCCUGCCGCGGACUGUUCCUUCUGCACCAGGGAAUCCAGCGCCGCAUCCGCAUCACCAUCCUGCACGAGCCCUCCGCCGACCUGCAGUGGACCGACGUCAGGGAGCUCGUUGUCGGUCGCAUCCGCAACACGCCCGAAGCCAAUGAGGAUACCACUGACGGCGACGAGGAUGGCGCCCUCUCACUCGGCCUGUUCCCCGGGGAGAGACCCGCGCUCGACGACCGGGCCGUCUUCCGGUUCGAAGCGGCCUGGGACAGCAGCCUGCACGGCUCGCCGCUACUGAACCGAGUGAGCGCUAACGGGGAAGUGGUCUACAUCACGCUCAGCGCUUACCUCGAGAUGGAGAACUGCGGGCGGCCGGCGAUCGUGACGAAGGACCUGUCGGUGGUGGUGGUGGGUCGCGAGGCGCGCACGGGCCGUUCGCUGCGCCGCGCACUGUUUGGGUCCCGCGCCGCCCGCGCCGACCACAUCACCGGCGUCUACGAGCUCAGCCUGCACCGCGCGCUCGAACCCGGAGUCCAGCGCCGGCAGCGUCGCGUGCUGGACACGAGCGGCACGUACGUGCGCGGGGAAGAGAACCUACACGGGUGGAGGCCGCGCGGGGACUCGCUCAUAUUCGACCACCAGUGGGAGUUGGAGAAGAUGACCCGUUUGGAGCAGGUGGGUCGCACGCGCCACCUCCUCGCGUUGCGGGAGAGGCUGCGGCAUGGACACGAGAACACGGUCGCGCCCAAUGACUUCACCAAGACAGAGAAGGAGGUGUGCAACAUGGCGGCGAAGGCGGCGGCCGAGGGCGGGCGCGACGAGCCCGUGUACGAGCCCUGGGACAUGUCGCCCAAGGAACGAGAGCUCGCCACCAAAUUCAUUAAGCUCAUGCAAGGAAGAAUAGGUUCGACGGGCAAGGAAGUAGAGACGGCAGUGUCUCCCGCCACGCCCGUGGACGAGGGCGUCUCCGCCGACAUCUCCACUCCGAGUCUCCUGUCGUCCAUACACAGCGCUAGCAGCUUCGAGCUGUGCUCCCCGGAGCGCGCGAUGCUGGAGAAGGCGGCGUGCGGGUGGGGGGCGGCGGGCGGCGCGCUGUACGUGCCCGACUGCGAGGAGGUGCGCGUGUCCGCCGCCGUGGCGCGCCGCGGACACCUCAACGUGCUGCAGCACGGCACGCACGGCUGGAAGAAACGCUGGCUGGUGGUCCGGAGGCCGUACGUGUUCAUAUACCGCGACGAGCGCGACCCCAUCGAGCGCGCCGUCAUCAACCUCGCCAACGCGCACGUCGAGUACUCCGAGGACCAGGAGCAGAUGGUGCGCAUGCCCAACACCUUCAGUGUGGUGAGCAAGGAGCGCGGCUACUUACUUCAGACACUAAGCGACAAGGAGGUGCACGACUGGCUGUACGCGAUCAACCCGCUGCUCGCCGGACAGAUAAGGUGUGGCCACGCAGGUCGCGGUCGGGCCGCCGCGGCGACAAGCCGGCGCCGCUGUCGGCAUGAGACGCCCUCACCAUGGAGUCUAUCCUCGUUUUUUAAAUACGUGUCGAUCGGCUCGACGCACAGACCGCCCAUUAAGAACACUCCUUUACAUAGACAUUGAAACUACCAUUGUUACUCGCGAACUAUUCGAAUUCGACUUUUUGUAUUUUGACCAAAAAAAAAAAAACUUCGUGUUACGCGAUUGUCUAUUUCUACUAUACUCUAUUCCAAUUACGAAGUCCCUUUUGACACUUCUUAGAACGUAACUCUUCACGUUUCGCAUGAUUUGAAAUAAUAAUCAUUUUUUUGUUCG